UUACGACAGUUUUAUCGAUUUGCGGCGGAUAUUUUCAUUCACUUACAGGAAGUUGUGUAUUUUGACAUUUCGUGGCUAUGUUUUUAAGAUUUCUUAGUAAUGUUUAAAACUUAAGUUUUAAACGUUCAUUUUGAUCGGUGGAAAAGGGGAGUCAUUUUGCUUGAACAUGGCCAGUACUCUGAUAGCGGUUGGCCUUACAAUAGCUGCUGCAGGAUUUGCAGGUCGAUAUGCCAUGCAGGCAGUGAAGCACAUGGAACCUCAAGUAAAGCAGGCACUUCAGAGUCUACCUAAAUCUGCCUUUAGUGGGUAUUACAGAGGUGGCUUUGAACCCAAGAUGACAAAGCGAGAAGCAGCUUUGAUACUAGGAGUGAGUCCUACAGCUAAUAAAGGAAAGAUAAGGGAAGCUCACAGAAGAAUUAUGGUUUUGAAUCACCCAGACAGAGGUGGCUCUCCAUACAUUGCUGCCAAAAUCAAUGAAGCUAAAGAUAUGCUAGAAGCACACGCAAAGAAAUAAGGAACAAACUUGAUGCCUUCCAUUUAGGAUUUUAGUUAAUUUGCAUUGGUUUUCAGUAAUGAAUGAUAUGGACGUUGAACUAUCAAAGAAUUAAUUAUUCACACAUUUUCUGUGAUUUAAUGUAAAAAUGCAAAAUGGAUUACGUGGAUAUUUUGUAGAUGUACAUUGUACAAUAACCUUUUAUGCAUAUUUAAAAUAUUACACUAA